GUUCUCUUACCUAACAAACUGCUGGUAUCUAUUCGUGCUCACAAACAAAUCACCACAACGAGCCAUAAACAUGACAUCACAAGCCGCAAUAAUUGAAGUUGAUGAUGGACGUGAGAAUGAUUCUGCAAUCGGUGAUAGCGACAUUUCGUCGUGCACUACAUCCAUCGCAUCAAGCGUCUUAAACUAUGUCUACGAGAAUGGUCGCCGCUACCAUAGCUUUCGAGAAGGACAAUACCUAUUUCCCAAUGACGAGACUGAACAAGACCGGCUGGACAUGCUUCACCAUAUCUUUCGACUCAUGUUGGGGGGUGAACUUUACAAGGCUCCGCUACCUACAUCCCCGCGACGGAUUUUGGACUAUGGGACAGGUACAGGAAUCUACGCGAUAGAUCUUGCCGAUACAUUCCCUAGUGCGGAAGUCAUAGGAAUAGAUCUCAGUCCAAUCCAACCACAGUUCGUCCCUCCGAAUUGCAAAUUUAUCGUCGACGAUGUCGAAGCAGACUGGACGUAUUCCGAGAAAUUCGACUACAUUCACCAGCGAAACAUGGUAGGCAGCAUCUCAGAUUGGGAUGAGCUCUUUCAGCAGGCAUACAAGUGGACAAAUCCAGGUGGAUAUAUUGAACUGCAGGAGUUCCGAGUCUGGUUUCAUUCGCAGAAUGAUAGCCUCCCGGAAGCUUCUAGUAUCAACCGUUGGCAGCGCAUCUUGCUGGAUGGAACCAAGUCUUUGGGAAUGCCCAUCAACAUCAUUGAAGAAUUAGGAGAUAAAUUAAAGGCGGCUGGGUAUACAGACCUCCAUGAACAUGUGUUGAGAAUCCCCAUAGGAGCUUGGCCCAAGAACAAGUCCCUCAAGGAAAUAGGCACUUUCAUGCAAGCCCAUGCAAUAGAGUCUGUGGAACCGCUGACGCUGGCUCUAUUUACUCGACAUCUGGGGUGGACGGAAAUGGAGUCUCGUAUUUUCAUCAAGAAGGUUUGUGAUGAAUUCAAAGAUACAAAGAAGCAGUUUUAUGUACAUGCUCAUUUUAUCUAUGCACAAAAGCCGACUGCUUGAGGACUCGAAGAUGUUUCCUUUGUGCUGUGAUUCUCCCGGUGAAUAUUUCUCAAAUCUGCCCGCUAUUCUCAACAUUUAUUGCCAUUUUCAGCGUUUUGGGCGUUCUGAGCGCUAAAAAAUAUCUAAUACCACUCCCAAGUUAUCCACAGAAAGCGUGAGUGAGAGCGUGGAGGUAGAUUGGUGACGAAUUCAGAGUUAUUGUAGCGAACUAAGUAGUCUGGCUUGUUCCCAUAAUAUCGGGG